AUGGAUGACAGCACGAAGGGAAGCGAAGAAGCUAUAGCCAUGCUUGGGCACUCAAAAGUCGUAUGGUGCACAUUAAGUCAUUUGUCUAAAUGUUCCAGAGUGGAUUCACAGACUGCCGUGGUACUUGUGAUACGCUCUUUUUGGUUUCCGUUUUCCAAUCAGGCCGAUCCCAAGUCCGAACUCAUUCACGAACUACUUGGUCAGCUGGCAGUGGAGCAAGGUGAUUUUGACACCGCAUUGGAUCACUUUAACAAAGCCAUCCAAGAGGCCAAAACGAAAAAUGAUCUCUCUCACUUAAUCGCCUUGCGCGAAGGAGUGAUCGCGCAGUCGAAUGUGUGUCAAAAAUAUGGUAUUCCUGUGCUGGACGUGGUAAACAGCCUGAAACGCGAACAGCAGCAAAUGAUGAUGGGUAUGAUGUAGAAAGGAUGUGCUAGUGAGAUGUCGCCGCGCAUCUUCUGUUUGCUUUACUUGGUCCUCCACGGUUGCCACUGCCGCGACUUCGACGCCCCACCAUUUACAUACUCAACCCUCACAUCUCUAUUUUGUACAAUAAUCCACAUUUUCGCCACCUGGCUACUCCCCACAAUUGUUUAGGUUGCCUCUUUCUGAACUAAUUAUACCAUUCGGUUCGUCUGCACAGGAACUCCAGAUAUCUCAAGUGCUGUUCUGAUCGGCUUCCUUGUGCAUAUUUCUUUUAACACAGUUGUUUUUUUGUCUUCACUAUACUCUUAGUCCUUCCUCCUGCUUCCCCACUCCCAGCCAUUUGUGGCUGCCGACGGUAUGGCUGUUUGUACUGUUGAGAGCUCUUUUUGGUUCACUUUCUCGGGACGCCGUUCGCUCAGUUCUAAAUUAUCCGACCAGA